AUGACAACCUACUCCUUCUCUCGAUCACUCCGAGCAGGGCCAUCGAUCGGUUGCUUUGAGGCUGGCUGGAUCGUGCAAACACAUCUCCCGUCACCUGGACCGACGUUGGCCCCCGUCCCACCACAUAAAGUUUACGAGUCGCAGAGCAAUGCAAAAGAGGCAUCGGGCAAAGGAAACAAAAACAAACUCGAAACUGUCGGCCCUCUAGCACGGCGCUACGGGAGCAACAUGCAGGAGGAAGGCUGCCCUUGCAGCACAAUGCCAGUAUUGUCCCAUUCAAGGCACGGCAACACUUCAGAUGCUAGCUGUUAG